AUUCUUUUCGUGGGAGAAAGUUCCGAUCGGCUGUCCUGUCUGACUGUCUCUCUCCCUCUCUCUAGGCGGCGCGACUGUUAAUAACAAGCUCCGGCUUUGGCCACCGCCGUUCUCUCUUUCUCUCUCUCUCUCUCCGUCUGUCGUCGUAUCACAGCUCCGAACGUCGCCUUCUUGGGCUUUCUCUUUCCCCAAGAAAGCCUCACACGAAUGCAGCAGCACGGACUGCGUAUUGUGCCCCGAUCGACCGAUUUCAAGCAUCGAUGCGGCCACAGCCAAACGGCAAAAUAGAGCUGCGGUUCUAGGUCAAAAUCUAUCGAAAGGAGGCCAAAGGAUCUUGGAGGAACAAGAUUCGGCACCCACAUUGGGAACUCGCCGAGGAGCUUCGAGAACGCUUUGACACAAGUAUAGGUGUACGAUACUAGUAUAUUCAGCUCAGCCAUUCUUUGAGUUAGAUAGGUCUGAAACAGAGGAUGAAGAAAGAUGAGUGGCAUUUUAAGCAGCUAGAAGGAGGAUUGCCAUUCAUUUUGCCAACGGAGCCCUUUGUAUUGCAUAGUAUUGGGGGUCAUAUAUACUCCCAAAUUGGUUCAUUGGCUGACAAGUCCCUUCACAAGUCGAGAAACUUGCAUGUUCCUGGGAUCCGUGCUCUACAAGAGAGUUUUUAUUGCAUGUCCAGAUUUGGAGGUUCUUCAAUGUUGUUGCUUGCUGGUGGAGUAACUUCAAAUUUGGGUCAUAAGUUAUCUGGGAAUCUGGAUGGUUUAAAAUGUGGAUGCUGGAAAUUUUCUGUACUAGUUAGGCAUGUUACUUCUGGUACAUUAUUAAAGGGAUGUGGCAAUCCUGCACUUUUAAAGAAGAUGUCAAGUUUUAUGAUGAAACACCUUCUUAAAGAGGCAGACAAGAUUCGGUCUCUUCCGUUACUUUCAAUAGCAGCAGUUAAGAUUCCACCACUUGGCAAUAUAUGCCUGAACAGAGUCGAUGUUCCACAACUAGAGAAUGCUGACGAGAUGAUGAAUAGAACCAUUGACAGAAGGCCUUGUGAGGUUGUGAAGUGGGGAUGUGCUGGUGUAUUCUUCCCUGAUUUACAGUGGAAAAGCCAUAAAAUUGAACCUAUAACUGGCAUUGAGUUCCCUCUGGUUUUGGACAGUACCUCAGAUGAAGAAAAAGAUUCUAGUUCAACCUCAGAGAUCCUUGUUGGAACUGGUUCAAGAACUAUGAGAAUAGUCAAGAUUAAGUCAAUGAAGGUUUAUGCAUUUGGUUUCUACAUCCAUCCUGGUGCUGUCUGUCAGAAAAUGGGUCCAAAAUAUGCCUCUCUUCCAACUAAUGAGUUAAGUAAGCGCAACAGUCUCUAUGAGGAUCUUCUAAGGGAGGAUAUCAGUAUGACUGUUAGGCUGGUGGUUAAUUGCAAUGGAAUGAAGAUCAACAGUGUGAAAGAUGCUUUUGAGAAAUCUCUUCGAGCACGGUUGUUAAAGACCAAUCCAAACACCGAUUAUGCUUGUCUGAGUAAAUUCAGAUCCAUUUUUACUCAUGAUAUACCUAUACCAGCGGGAACAAAAAUCGACUUUCACCGAACAGCUGAUGGAAAUCUGAUAACUGAAAUUGGAGGCAAUAAAAUCGGAGCAGUCCAGAGCAAAGAGCUGUGCAGGGCCUUCUUUGAUAUGUACAUUGGAGAUCUUCCUGUGUCGGAACAGACCAAAGAAGAGAUAGGCAAAAAUAUUGUUGGGAUCAUAAGGAGGUGCUGAGAGUAAGAUCUCCUUAUUGACCUUUCACCGAAAUUGAUGCUCGAUGUAUGGCCCUUCAUACGGAGAUUCAUUUGAGCCACAGGGAGCAUUUUGUUUUCAAGGACCAGUCCUCUGAGGUCCUCCUUACAAGGAAACUUAAACCACUAGUUAGGAUGUGGUUGCAAUAACAUUCGGUUCCCAAGGGCGAUUUUUGUAGCAUUUUGGGGAUCAGUCUUUCAGCCUCGACGGUUCUUCAUAAGAAAAGAAUGUUGUUUUAGUCCAAGUGCGAUAUGUAACUAGUAUUGGGUUGUACAAUUGGCCGGAUUAUCAUGUGAUUGCUGUGAAAGUUGAAGAUGAAUUGAUUGUAGUGUGAUUUUGUGCCAUAAGGUCGGCAGGAAAGGAAAGGAAAGGAGUGGAAUGAGAUAAGCCUCCUGCAAUAUUGUUACUGA